AUGUCCUCUACACGAUUAGCAUCGAAACGGUUCUGUAUUGUGACCCGAAUACAUAAAAAACAAUCGCUGUUCUGUACAGAAGAAUUCACAAGCAAGGCAUUACCAGACGAAAUAGGGGGAAAAAGAAGGAGAUACAGGGGAGUAAGGCAGAGACCAUGGGGAAAAUGGGCGGCUGAGAUACGCGAUCCACAUAAAGCCGCUAGGGUAUGGCUCGGGACGUUUGAUACAGCGGAGGCCGCUGCUAGAGCCUAUGACGAGGCUGCACUCAGGUUCCGUGGAAGUAAAGCAAAGCUUAAUUUCCCCGAGGAUGUAAGGCUUCUUCUUCCUCCUCCUCCUCCUCCUCCUCCUCCUCCUCUUCCCUUACCUGCUGACACGGUGGCGAAUAAAGAAGAAGAGGAUCUUAUGAAUUAUUGGAGUUAUUCAAAUUUGUUGCAAAGUUCAGGUCAACGGUCUUUUUAUGGGCAUGGACAAGAAGAUAGUAGCAACAUAUUAGAACAUUCACCGAUGAAACAACCUCUGCCUCCUUCAAGUUCUCGUCAAAGUUCCUCUGAUUUUUCUGGACCUUCCUCUACCUAAUACAUUUUUAUGUUGUAAUAAAAAUUAUUAAUAACGGACUAAAAAAAAUUUAAAUACAUAGCUACAAUGUUAA